CAUGAGAAUGUCGCACCCCCGUAGCUGAUCGGGUCUCGGUGACUCGCGGCAAGUGAAAAAGUCCCAGAUCGAGCCCGCGAAUUACCAGAGGAUGGAGGAUGCAUGUCGAUGAGAUGGCACUCAGCUUCUCCUCACGCAUCCAUCUCGCCGCUCGCAGCAUCAACAAGACUCUUUCUCUCGCUUUGACUUGUAAUCUUCCAAUUUUAUCUAACCUAUUCUUUGGCGUUCAGGUUUGGAUACGCGGAUUCACGGGGUUUUCUACCUCACCCAGCCCAGUCCCUCCCGGCCAGUCUCCAGCAACCCUACUCUUCUCGUGUUUCCUUUCAUCUCUCUCCACCUUUUCCCUCUCGUCCAUCGUGAGCACACAUCACAUUACGGGACGAUCUCAAAGCCCACGAUCUCAACUUUCCUCUUGCAUGGACUCGGAGAUCACUGUAGUACUAGCUGGCCCGGCGAUGCUGGGCCCGAAACUUCCUAGAACGUUUGUCACUUCCUAUCCUCCCUCCUCGGACUCCCUCUUCCGGCAACACAUACUAGCCAUGUCACAGAAGAUCCACAACCCUUAUGAGAUCGAUUUGGAUAUUGUCUCUUCGACCGUAUAUUACCAUCAUUCGGAACCUCUAACCCCCGAACAAAUAAACUCAGACAGCUUUCGGUAUCCUCGCCAAGAGACACGUCACAUACUCAUAACGCCAUGGGCAUAUGUAGGAUUUCAUCACAACCUACUUCCUCAACAGACGCCGCUUCAAGUGAUCAUCGUAACAAAAUCAAGGAUCUCGAUCCAAAGGGGUGGGGUGGCUGUGUAAAGGAGUGGUGGAGUUUUAUAUCUGAGACUGUAGAGCUUGUGGAUAGAACUGAUAAUAGAAAAGAUCAUACCCAC